CAGGCAACGGUGCCUGUGGGAGGCGGUGCGACGCACGCUGUGACGACAGCGGCUGGAGAGCGUGCGGCAACGGGUCGCGGGCGAACUGAGCAGCCACCACGGCACCCAACGCCGAGACCCACAUGCCCAGAGCACCCUCCACCCCCCAACCACGCGAUAGUCGAUUCGCCGCCACGUACCUCGGCCGUGCAGCCCCAAACGCAGGGCGGACAUUGCGAUAGUUCAGCAGCGUCAAGACGUUUUAUUUGCGCCUCACAGCUCGGCACUUGUGAGGCGGUGCGCUGGAGCCGUUAG